GGGUCGCUGCUCCUAUAACUCCAAGCAGUUCGAGCGAACGAAACUGCAGCAGGGCGUGGUGGGAGGCCUCCCUCUCCAAAAAAAACGACGCACGCUUUGCUCCUCUUCUUCUUCCUCGUCUUCGUCCUCCUUUUGCUUUGGAGACUCCUCCCCUUUUCCUUGUCUCUUUUGCGGGAUCUCUACGUCAAACGAGAGAGCGAGCGAGAGCUUUUCCUCCGUGGCCGAUCCUUGAAGCAACGCGGCGGUCCAUGGCCGGAUAAGGAUUUCAGUCUGCUGCGCCUGCCCUGCCCUGCUGCCGGUGACCGAUCUGAAGCUUUCUGCUGCGCUAGCUUCGAGAAGCUUGAUUGAUUUCUGUGCUAUCCAAAGAAACAGAAGAAAAGGAAGCAAUCAAGAAUAACGCGAGGACUUGAUCCAUCGAGCCAAGACUGAUCGCCGCCGGUCAGGAUGGAGCAACUCCGGCAGCUCGGCGAGGUGAUGGGCAGCAUCAACACGCUCAUGGUGUUCGAGACCGACCUCCGCAUCAACCCGCGGCAGUGCCGCCUCCUCGCCGACGCCUGCGCGCACGCGCUCGCCGCCGUCACCGGGGAGGUCCGCGCCCAGCUCCGCUUCGACGAGCGCGGCGCCAAGUGGCGCGCCCUCGAGGCACCGCUCCGCGAGCUCCAGCGCGCCUUCCGCGACGCCGAGGGCUACAUCCGGCAUUGCCUCGACCCCCGCGGAAGCUGGUGGGCGCGGGCCGCGGCCAUGGCGCACGGCACCGAGUGCGUGGAGCAGCAUCUCCACAACGUCCUGUGGUGCGUCGCCGUCGCGCUCGAGGCCAUUGACACCGCCGGCGAGAUCGCCGGCUUCGACCCGGACGAGCUCGCCAGGAGGCGGCUGUUGCUCGCCAAGAAGUACGACAGGGACAUGCUCGAGCCAGAGCUGUUCAAGUACGCGUUCGGCAAGCUAUAUCUGGUCUCACAGGAGCUCGUUGCUAGGAUGGACGUGGCGUGGAAGGAGGACAGGUGGGUGAUGUCGCAACUGUUCGACGAAAUGAAGGCCGCGGCGGCGCCGAAGCCGCUGACCAGGAACGAGCACCGUCUCGCCGAGCUCCUCGCCGCGGCGAGGGGGAAGCUGCACCCGACAUCUGUCCUGCUCGGCAGCGACUACAGCGUCCGGAGGCGGCUCGGCAGCCGACUAAAGGAGGCGCAUUGGAUGGGCGAGAGCUUUGCAGUGAAGCAUUUCAUCGGGGACAUCGAUGCCGCCGGCGCUGAGGUCGCGCUCCUGUCGUCGGUGGUGCACCCGAACGUCGCGUACGCCGCGUACUGCUUCCACGACGAGGAGAAGAAAGAAUACUUGGUGGUCAUGGACCAGCUCAUGUCCAAGGACCUCGGGAGUUACGUCAAGGAGGUGAGCUGCCCACGGCGGCGGAUCCCGUUCCCGCUCGUCGUCGCCGUCGACAUCAUGCUGCAGAUCGCCCGUGGGAUGGCAUACCUUCACGCCAAGAAGAUAUACCACGGCGAGCUGAACCCUUGCAACGUGCUCGUCAAGCCGCGGCAACCCGACGGCGGCUACGUGCACGUCAAGGUCGCCGGGUUCGAGCGGCCGGGCAUCACAGCCGGCGGCGCAAAAGCUUCUGCCAAUGGCAACGCCACUGCAAAUGGUAACGGCAACGACCACUCCUGCAUCUGGUACGCACCGGAGGUGCUCAGGCCCGACGGCAUAGCGGACGCCGCGGCGAGGUGCACCGAGAAGGCCGACGUGUACAGCUUCGCCAUGAUUUGCUUCGAGCUGCUGACCGGCAAGGUCCCGUUCGAGGACAACCACCUGCAGGGCGACAAGACGAGCAAGAACAUCUGCGCCGGCGAGCGGCCGCUUUUCCCCUUCCAGGCGCCCAAGUACCUCACCGCGCUCACGAAGCGGUGCUGGCACGCCGACCCGGCGCAGCGGCCGGCGUUCGCCUCCAUCUGCCGCGUCCUCCGGUACGUCAAGCGGUUCCUGAUCCUGAACCCGGAGCAGCAGCAGCAGCAGCAGGGGCAGACGGAAGACGCGCCCAUGCCGGCCGUCGACUACCUCGACAUCGAGGCGCAGCUGCUGAAGAGGCUCCCGGCGUGGCAGCGCGGUGAGGCAGCGCGCGUCGCCGACGUGCCGUUCCAGAUGUUCUCCUACAGGGUCAUGGAGAGGGAGAAGCAGGCCACCGGCACCGUGCACGGCAGGGACAAGGCGUCGGAUUCAGGCAGCGAAGGGAACUCGCUGUACGGCGACGAGAACGGGUUCGGUGCAAUGUCGCCGGACCACGCGUUCUCCACCACGUCGAACGGCUCCCUGAGAUCGCGGCCGGACAGCAGCGACGGCAAGAUGCCGCCGGCCAAGAAGGCGGACGGCAAGGCGCCCAGGCAAGCAGGGUCACAGGCGAAGGCGAAGCCCGUGAGCACGGCGGCGAGGACUCCGCAGUCGGCAAGGCGGGCGCUCGGAGUCAAGCCCGACGAUCACCUGCAGCCCAACGUCCCCACCGCGCGGCGGCGGACGCCAGAGAAGGCCUCCGAAUAAGCAAGCGCACGCUGCAGUUCAAGUCGGAAGCAGAUUAGUGGGAUGCGAGCAGAAGCAGCUCUCGUGUUCGAUCGGUAGAACCUCUCGAUUGAGAGUUCUUGUUUUUUUUUCCACUUCCGUUGCGCAUCAUUUUUUGGGGCCAAGGUAAAAACAUGUCGCGGUGACAUGGUGGCGUUUUUGCACGCUGCUAGGCGUCGUUUUUUGUGUGGGAAGAAAUCCCGGGCCAUCCAGGUGUAUGGUUUAGGACUUAGGAUGAUAGGCAAAUGAACGGUUGUUUUUCUUGCUAGCAAGAGGCCUGAGCAGCUUCGAUGUAUUGUACUGCCGUUUCUCUGGUUUAUGCAUGGAUUAUUAUCUAAAAAGAAGCUAAUGCAUGGGUUGGAACCAAGUUAAUGCCUUUGAAAAUAUGAUACU